AUGUCGCUACUACAUGAUCACGUUUUAAUUAUCACAGGCAGUACGUCUGGGAUUGGUCUAGUCACUGCAACUCUAGCUCUGAGUGAAGGAGCCAAGGUAUUAGGUGUUGAUGUCUCAUCUGCGCCCAAGUCAUUGAAUGAAAACCCGAAUUUCAAGUUCCUCCAGAGAGAUCUGACCGAUGCGGCGUCAGCCAAGGAUAUUGUUGACACCUGCGUUCGGCAGUUCGGUGGACGGAUUGAUGGACUCUUGAACAUCGCUGGAAUCAUGGACCAUAAUGGGAGUGUCGACAGCUUGACAGACGAAAUGUGGGAUCAGUGCAUUGCGAUUAAUCUUACGGCUCCGGUAAAGCUGAUGCGGGAGGUUAUUCCGAUAAUGCGAGCGCAGAGGAGCGGGAGUAUUGUCAACGUCGGUAGCAAAGCAGCUACAAGUGGUGCCGCAUCAGGUGUUGCCUACACUGCUAGCAAGCAUGGAUUGAUAGGAGCGACGAAGAAUGUUGCUUGGAGAUACAAACAGGAGGGAGUUCGCUGCAACGCUGUCUGCCCGGGUGGUGUUCCAACUGGCAUAGUUCAAGCGUCAAACCCAGACCUUUGGGACAACGCCGCGCUAGAGACGAUGUCGCCUGUACACCAGGCGCAUGCCUCUGACAGGCCUAAGGGCCUCGGCGUUGAGCCUGAUGAUAUUGCUCAAUGUCUCUUAUUCUUGAUAUCUAAACAAAGUAAAAGGAUCAGCGGGGCAGUUAUUCCAAUCGACAAUGCCUGGUCAGUGAUUUAA